GUUUAAUAGCAUAGUAUAUCUUUAUCGCUACUAAACAAACACAAUUAUUGAUUUUAGGUAUUAGUACUAUACAUGCCUUCGUAAUCACGUAAAUUUGAUUCAAAAUAUCGUGAAGGGAAGGGAAUAUUCUUUUUCGUAAAGAUGUGUACGGUGAUUGCAACUUUAACUAGUCAAACAGUAUUCAUCCCGCGGGAAAUGAUGUAUUUUAGUAGAAAUAUAUCGCGAUUUUAUCACAGUCGUCAAAAAUUGUGUUGUGUGGAUAAUUUUCUGUUAAGAAAGCAUUCUUUAUUUUCGUUUCUUGUUGAUACGUGGAGUAUAUCGAGGAUACGUUAUAGCGCGGGAAGCAAAAUAAAUUUUCCUGAAUCCUUAACGAAGGAAAAGGCGAAAGAAGUAGCCUCUAAGCUUACCUUGGAAGAACGAAAUCUUUUUUUAAAAGUUCUUGAAGAAUGUAAAUCGGAAGAGGAUAGAGUUGGAUAUCAAGACCAAUUAGCUGCUUUUCGAUGGUGUAAUAAACUUGGACGGCCUAGCAAAAUAUCAUUAGGGGAUAUGGAUCCUACAGGCACUUAUUGUCCUGUACCAGAAGAUUGGUUUAUGCGCAAUAUAAAAAAUUUUCUUCCAUUGCAUUCACAUGGGCAUCAAUUUACAACUACAGAACCACACUUAGCUGAAACUGUUCCAGAACCAACUACAAAAGAUCUAGUAUUAGUUGCAAUUUCAAAUGCAAUUCCAUUCAUUGGCUUUGGUUUUCUUGACAACUUCAUCAUGAUUGUUGCUGGAGAUCAAAUUGAAAUAAUAUUGAAUAAAAAAUUUCCAAUAUCGACUAUGGCAGCUGCCGCGUUAGGAAAUACAAUAUCUGAUAUAAUAGGAAUUGGAUCUGUACAUUAUGUAGAACGUUUUGCUCAAAGUGUUGGUUUUAAAGCACCAAAACUUACUCCCAUGCAGUUAAACCUACAUAGAACAAAAGCAGCCGCUAAUUUGGGACGUGUUAUCGGAGUUACAAUUGGCUGCAUUAUUGGGAUGACACCUAUUCCUGUUUUUUCCUAUUUUCAUAAUGGUGGUUGAAAUUAUAAAUAUUACACGCUUAAAAACUUUUACUAUUAUUACAAUAUUUACUUUUUAUAGUAAAUUGAUGUACAAUAGUAGAGAAAAAAUUAUCAACUUACGAUAUACUCGAGACCAAGUUUCGUAAUUAUUUGCAACAUUAAUUUAUGACAAUCAUAGCGUUUAUGUAAUAUUGUGUAAUUUCUGUACAAUGAAUGUAUUUAAUGUAUACAUAAUCUAUAAAGUAAUUGUAAAUGUAUUAUCAAAACUGUAUAAAUAGCAGUAGUAACAGAUAGAUUA